AUGACGAACGACAACAUUCCCACUAUUAAAAAGACGAACGACAACAUUCCCACUAAUUUGCACAACAAACCAUCAACCAGAGUUCCAAUUAACGUUUCUGUAGUUAGAUCUCAAUUACAAGGUAAAUGUUACGAUGAUUGGGAUGACUUAAAAGAAAUCCUCUGUACUGUUCACCAAGAUAAAAAACAUUAUAUUCAACUCAUUGAAGAAUUAAACACCUUGAAACAACGAAAUUCCGAAUCUGUUGCCUCAUUCCACGAACGAAUAGAUAAGUUAACUUCAAGACUCCUUGGUUCAGUUUCUUAUAAAAAUCUUAAGGAACAAAUCGGUAAAUUUGAAACUAUUAAAGAAUUGGCUAUGAAUAGAUUUAUCCAUCAUUCAAAACCCGACAUUUCCCGAUUCCUUAGAGGACAAAAUUUAGAUGACAUCUCCGAAGCUUUGCUAAGAGCACUUGAAGAAGAAAGAGCAAUCAAUAUUUCCCACAGUGAAUUUCGACCAAAAUCCAGUAAUAAAUAUUGCAGCUUCUGUAAAAAGAAUAAUCAUAACACAAAAGCUUGUUUUAGAAAACCUAAAUCCCUAAACCAACCAAUUAACUUCAAUUCAUCUAAUCCUUCUAAUUCAAAUUCAUCUAACUUCUCUAAUUCUAAUUAUAAUUCAAAUCAAAAGUUAAAUAAAACAAAUGCAAACCCUAAUCCAAACGCCAAAUUUUGUAACUAUUGUAAAAAGAAUGGACAUACAAUAAGCGAGUGUCGCAAACGCGAAUAUAAUAACAAACGAAAACAGCAAAAUAAUAAUUCUAAUCAUAAUAAUUCCGCACAAGUUCAUUUAAACUCCAAUCCAUCCCACGUGAACGCCUCACUUGUGGAACAAGAUAUUCAAAUGGUGUAG